AUUCUCCCAUCUGAAUAAACCGAGCAUCAUCAUGGAAGCCGAGCUCGACGCGCUACAGGCGGACUUGACGCGCAUCAAGCAGGCCAAGGCAAUGGCACUCGCGCAGAUCGAGAUCCUCUUGGUAGAACAGAAGGCACUGCAGGCAAAGCUUGACGCGGAUCGUCUACAGCGCCAGCGCGUCGACGAGUUGGAAGCACGAGUGCAAGCCGCGAAGGUUGCUGCCACCGUUGUUGUGCCAGGCGUGGUGGUCGCAGAGAAGACGGAAUCUCCGCCAAAAGUCGAGGAGAUGCUGGAAGAAUUCAUCGGAGGAGUGGCUGACUACUGAAUGCCACCACGUUGUUGCCGUGGACAAUCUGUCGUUGUACACAAGCAGUGCAUCCCCUUGGAUCGAUGUGGCUCGAGUCGAUCCAUCAAACUACCUGCGUACGCGCGCCGGGCAUGCCCGCGCCAUUCGUUCUUGUUGGUGCGUCGUCGACACGGUGGUUCUCCACAAUGUCCAUCUCGAUUGAAUACUUGUACGUCAUGCAGAUCAACACCUCCUCGACAAAGUCAUAGACUGGAUAACCCAUUAUGCAUGACGUCGACUUGCUCGUUGCCG